CUCACCACCGGGAAGUGCAGUGCGCGUUCCCGAUCUUCACUACACCAGCAGACAGCUGUCGCGCCCGCGCUUGAAUACCGGCUUCAGCCGGUAUAAAAUCUGCCAAGCUUCAGUGAGAGGAAACCGAGACAGAGAGCUGGCAGAUAACAGUUAGUCUAGUUAUAAUAUUAGUAUUUAUAAAUUGUUAAUGUAGUCAAACAUAAAUAGAAAGCGAUAUAUUUGAACAGGGUCAUUUCCCAACUAACAGUCAUCCCUCGUGCUCUCCUCAGAAGUAACUGCGGAUGCUCCAAACAGGAAUGAUGUUCUCCAGUUAACACAUCAACUAAGAAGCCAGCUAACGUUAGCUCUAAGUUACUGGUUUUUAUUUUCUUUCAAAUACCCGAGUUCUCCCAGUUUCUUCAACGUUUCGAAACGUCAGUGUCCAUCAUGACAGGAAUAAUGUCUGCCCUGAAGGGCUUCACAAGCCCCAAUGUGUACGAUGAGGUGCCUGAUGGAGGCUGGGGCUGGAUGGUGGCUGCCGCCUUCUUCUUCGUGGAAGUUUUUACCUAUGGCAUCAUCAAGAUUUUUGGGAUCUUCCUCCAGGACCUUAUGACAGACUUUAAUGAAACCAACAGCAGAGUGUCUUGGGUUGUCUCCAUCUGUGUCUUUGUUAUGGCCUUCACAGCACCUCUUUCCAUGGUGAUGAGUAACCGCUUUGGCUAUCAGCCUGUUGUCAUGCUUGGUGGUCUGCUGAUCAGCCUGGGUACAAUCACAACAGCCCUCACCAACUCCAUCACUGAGAUGUACAUUACCAUGGGAAUCAUUGCAGGCCUGGGUUACUGCCUUACCUUCCUGCCUACAGUUACCAUCCUGUCGCAGUACUUCAGCAAGCGCCGUUCCCUCAUCACAUCCAUAGCCUCCACAGGAGAAUGCUUCUCCCUGCUAGCACUUGCUCCAGCUAUGAAUGCACUGAAGGAGCAUAUGGGCUGGCGGAACUGCUUGAUCGUGAUUGGGGUUAUGCAGGCCUCAAUUAUCAUCUGUGGGGCUCUGCUAAAGCCAAUAGUCAUUAAACCCAAACCCGCUGCCCCAGACGGUUCCACAUCCCCCCUUAAAGAACCGGAAUCCAAAUAUGACCAGGAGAAUGAACUCACCCGUACCUCUUUAGGCUCUGUGGAUUCAGGGGUCCAAUCCGUCACCUCUUCACAGAUCAACCUGUCCGAUGGCCAGGAAUCUACAGAAGAGAACUCUGCAGAGAAAAAAGCACUUAAAGAAAAGGAGGAAGAAGAAAACAAGCAUCGAUUGCUGCCUGAGACCCCACUCAAACAGGAACGAGAAGACUCGAGCGCCUCUAGGCCCAAGUUGUUGGACUUCUCUGUGCUCAGAGACGCCAGUUUCAACUGCUACGCACUGUUUGGCCUGUUCGCCACACUGGGCUUCUUUGCUCCACAGCUCUACGUCAUCGAGCUAAGCGUGAGCCGAGGAGUGUCACGUGACAGUGCCACCUACAUGCUCUCGGCCAUGGCCGUGGCUGAGAUUCUAGGUCGUCUGUCCAUGGGUUGGGUCCUCAAUCGCAGGCCCAUCCGCAAAAUCUACAUUCUGCUGAUUUGCACGGUGCUGCUGUGUCCAGUGCUGGUCAUCUUCACUUUUGUCACUGAGUUCUGGGGGCUCAUGUCCUGCUCCUGUUUCUAUGGCUUUCUGCUGGGCACCGUUGCCUCCAGUCACAUCCCAAUGCUGGCUGAAGAUGACGUGAUCGGCAUUCAGAGAAUGUCAUCGGCUGUUGGCGUCUAUGCCUGUAUCCAGAGCUUUGCAGGACUGGCCGGUCCACCUUUAGGAGGUUUUCUGGUAGACAUGACUGACAAUUACGGAUCAGCCUUUUACUCCUGCGCGGCUGGGAUGGGAGUCGGUGCUCUGUUUCUUGGGCUGGUGCGUCCAGCCAAAUCCGGCCUUUGCCUUUGGAGGAGGAGAAAUGACCAGCAAACAACAGACAGAGAUUCCAGCUCACAGGGUAGUGAUUAUGACUUUGUAGAAAUGGACAUGGAGAUUGACAACGGUCCUGCAAAGAGUAAACCUUGGCCAGUAUGAAAACCGCCUCACCUCAAGAGUAAACACUCUUAUCCUCCACUUGAAUGAUCAUCCCAAAGGCUAACAUACACAAACCCUGUGCCAACAGGGUAAAAUAUUCUUUAAGGCAAUUACAGAAGAGUUUUUUUCAUUGCACUUUUGCUGACCACCCAAUCAAAAUCCCCAAAACGUGUUUACAUUCCUUGUGUCAUUAUUUAUUGAAAGGAAACAAGAGUUUUGAGGUUCCUUUCCUGUCAUAUUGUGUACCACGUACUAGUCUCCUCCACAGACAGACACACUUUUAGACAGGACAAGAGUUAAUCCUAUUAGCCAUUCAAUUCUAUACCUCUCAUUUACCAAAGUGUUAAUUAUUUCAUAAUUAUGUUGUCCAACCAUCACACCACUUUUAGUUCUGGCUUUAAUGUCUAAAAGAUGCAACCUCAGGCUGUUUUGCUGCUUCGAGUGAGGCCAUGAUGCGUAUGUAUAUCACAUUAGGUUGCAUAAGCCUAGUUCAGAGAUGAAGGUGAGACAGGUACAGAGCUGUCUAGAGUUUCAGGGUUAUACGUCAUUCGUUUGCCUACAGAUAACGGGUCUGUGUUCAAUGGUUUAUUAUUGAACUAGUUUUGCUAUUGUAAAUGGAAAGAUGGCAACAUCUCAGCUCAGAUGUUAAUGUAGCUCUGAUGAUAAUGCAGGACUUGGACCACUUGGUCUUCCAUCAUCAGUCAGAACAUGUUGAAUGAGGGAUGAGUAACGCUGACCAGACGUCAAAGGCUUCUGUCCUCUCAAUUUCUGCUCAGAAAUGUAGGCUGCCUAGAAACACAUUCAAGACUUUCUCAUGAAAAAUAAUGGCUAUAGAAUGUAAUUUUAUCGCUGUAAUUUGGAGUGCACCAUCUGUGCCUUGUCAAAGAAUUCUGUGGAAUUAUGCAGAGCUUGUGACUUCAGACAGGAAGCUAAAAGGGGCCAUUCACAUAGCAA